AUGAGAUUUUCUACCAUUUCUUUAACUACUCUCACCUUAGUUGCAGCCACAUUGGCUGCAACAGUUCCUGUUGACGCGAAUGAGGCUAUAAUCAAGAGAUCUGUUGGAAACAGAGGUUCCGGAUAUAUUGUUGAUAAGACUUUUAUUAUUAAGAGAAGUCACGAUAACGAUGACAGCAAGAGUAAAGGUAACAAGAAAAAAAAGAGUGGUAAGCACCAAAAGGGAGAUCAAAACAAUGGCAAAGGUAAGAAUCAUAAGAAGAAGAAUGGUAAGCACCAAAAAGGAGAUGACAAGUAUGCUACUGAUCCAAAUUACCAACAUGGUGAGAAGGAUGACGAGUACGACCGUUCAUACCUCUUGAGAUUUAAAAGAUUUUUUGGUGCUGGUAACGAUGAAGAGAAUGAUGAUGAUGAUGUUGAUUGUUAUGCUGGUAACUCCAAGAGAUUCUUUGGUUCUGGUGAGGAUGAAGAGAAUGAUGACGAUGAUGAUUGUUAUGCUGGUAACUCCAAGAGAUUCUUUGGUUCUGGUGAAGAUGAUGAAGAUGACGAAGAUAAUUGUGAUUCAGGUAAAUAUAAGAGAGGAAUGCAAGGUAACGAAAAGAGAUUCUUCAAGAAAUUCAAGACUACUUCCACCAAAGAAGAAGACUGUACUACUGAAACUCCAGCUCCAACUGACGAUUGUGAUGACAAGGAAAAGAGAUUCUUCAAGAAGUUCAAGACUACUUCCACCAAGGAAGAAGACUGUACUACUGAAACUCCAGCUCCAACUGACGAUUGUGAUGACAAGGAAAAGAGAUUCUUCAAGAAGUUCAAGACUACUUCCACCAAGGAAGAAGACUGUACUACUGAAACUCCAGCUCCAACUGACGAUUGUGAUGACAAGGAAAAGAGAUUCUUCAAGAAGUUCAAGACUACUUCCACCAAGGAAGAAGAUUGUACUACUGAAACUCCAGCUCCAACUGACGAUUGUGAUGACAAGGAAAAGAGAUUCUUCAAGAAGUUCAAGACUACUUCCACCAAAGAAGAAGACUGUACCACCGACGUACCAUCUACCACUGAUUAUGAAGAACCUGAACCAACUUAUUCUGCUGAUUGUGAUGAAGAAGGUGGCAAAAGUGAUGAAGAUUUCGAGGAUGAGACGGAUGAUGAUACUGUUGAAGCCUACGGACAAAAGGCGAAACGAUUCUUUUUAAAAAAAAUGAUGGGUAAGCAAACAACUUCUGAUGAUUGUACUACUACUAAAACCCCAACUCCAACCAGUACUGAAUGUACAACCACUUUAACUUCAACCACUACUGAAAUUACAACUGAUUGUACUACAAUUUCUACUCCAUCUCCAUCUCCAUCUGAUGGUUGUGAUGAAGAUAAAGAUUAA